AACAAAGCAAAGGUGCUGCCAGUCUGCUGGAAAACAAGAGAGCUGGCAUCUCUGCUCAUUUUGUGAGUAAUACAUUUUUUUCCGCCGAUUAAGAUUUAGUAUAAAGUGCUAAAUUUUAGUUAAUCAUGUCGCACCAGACAGGCAUUAAGGCCAACGAGCAACUAUCGAAAGUUUUUGGAAAGGCCAAAAAUGGAAAAAUUCGUGUGAUAAAAGUAUCAAUUGAAAAUGAACAGCUAAGCUGCAGAAAUACAGCUGACGUGAAAAAGGAUUGGGAACGCGACUACGACAAGCUGCUGGGACCGCUAUUUGAGGAGAAUGUUCCCUGUUAUAUAUUGUAUCGCCUGGAUGCCAAAAUACCGCUCGGCCAUGGCUGGCUGUUAAUAAGCUGGAUACCGGACACGGCAAGCAUUCGCCAGAAAAUGGUCUACGCUUCGACAAAGGCAACGCUAAAGACCGAAUUCGGCACUGCGUACAUCACAGAGGAGCUGCACGCUACGACUUUGGAGGAGACCACCCUGGAGGGAUAUAAAAAGCAUAAGCGUGAGUUUGCUGCGCCGGCACCGCUUACUACACGUGAGGAGGAGAUUCAGGAGCUGCGUAAAUCGGAGGUGCGCACCGAAAUAUCGACGGAGACACGUCACCAGACCCUGGGUGGCAUAUCCUGUCCACUGAGUGAUGCAACGCUCGCGGCAGUGGAGGAUUUGUUGCGUGGCAACUAUGAUUACUUGCAGUUCCGCAUCAGCCUGGAAGAGGAACGCAUACAUGUCUCCCAUGCCGCAAAGAUGGCACUCAGUGAUCUGCCCAAACAGGUGCCCGAAGAUCAUGCGCGCUAUCAUCUGUAUCUGUUUAAGCACACUCACGAGGGCGACUAUUUGGAGUCCUUUGUAUUCAUAUACUCAAUGCCAGGAUACUCUUGCUCCGUGCGCGAGCGCAUGAUGUACUCGAGCUGUAAGGCUCCCUUUCUGGAACAACUCACAGCUCUAGGAGUAGAUGUUAUCAAAAAGUUGGAAAUAGAUAGCGGCAACGAACUCACCGAGGAAUUCCUGCAAGACGAACUGCAUCCCAAGAAGAUAUUGCAUCGACCAGCAUUUGCCAAACCAAAGGGCCCACCGAAUCGCGGGGCAAAACGCCUCACACGACCCUCCAACGAAGACGAAGUCUGAAACCCAUCGAGUGAAAGUUUACACUUUUCUUUUCUUCGUUUCCUAUCAAAGCAUUUAAUUUAUUGUAGCGAGAAAAUCGAGUGCUCCAUUUUCAUGUCUUUCCUAUGUCAUGUCUGUUACCGAGUCAUAUCUGUAUCCUUAGUUGCACUAAGCAUAAACUGAAACAACGCAUAGCAGUAGCCAAUUUGGGCUUCCUUAAUUGUGUUCUUGUCUGUAAUACUUCAAAUGGACAUAAUUGCAAUUUAUUAUUUAAAUAAAAGUCAACUAAACU